GUUCUAGAUUGCGCUAUUCUGCUCCGAAGGAGCUGACUCCACAAUUGCAACAAAGUGGACUACAUCCGAUAACGUACUAACAUCUAAACCUAAUAUAAGUAAUGAAAGUGUGCUUAAAACAAAUAAUUCGAGAACAAAGGAAGCAAAUAGACCGCCAGAUUUGACAACGUUCGAGAAACGAGAGGCGGCGGCCUGACCGGCCUGACAACGCUGGGCACCGGAAACACAAAUGGCGGCGCUGCGCCGACGAUGAGUUGAUUUGCGCUUGCGUGUUGUUGGCUUGCGUACUUCGGGAGGAGUCAUGAAAUCUUCGGAUUUGUCGCGUUUAAAACGCUGAGGAUCCGUUUUCGGGGUCGCGCUGGCUGCAGCGGUGUCGAUGACACAAUGCGCUUCAAUGAAAAGGAGAUGGCAGGAGUGGCGACCGAACAGGCCGACAAAGAGGGACGCUUGAACCACCGCAACUUGUCCUUCCGAGAGGUGUUCAAGGAAAGAUGGUUCAAGCUCAAGGGAAACCUGCUCUUUUACUUCCGGCUCAACGAGUACGGAGGCGUCUAUGAGGCUGAGCCCGUCGGGGUCUUGGUGAUCGAAUGCUGCAAGAUUCAGCACGAGCCGAGUGUCGACUGCUCCUUCGCAUUCUCCAUCGCCUUCUCGGACGACGCGGACCGGAAGCACCUCUUCAGCUGCACAACUCAGAAGCACUGCGACGAGUGGGUGAGCUGCCUCCAGCAAGCCAGUUACGAAUACCAAAGGGGGAGGCUGCUGUACAUGCAGCAGAAGAUACUCGAGAUGACCGGACGAGAUCCGCUGGCGGACUUCAUCAGUCGGCGGAACGGCAACGCCCCCGGAAGCGUCCAAGCCAUCCAAAAGAUCCCGGACAAUCCAAACAAGAGCGCCACCGUGGGGCUGUCGGACGUUACAAGAAAACUGGGCAAAACAAAGUUGAAACGAGGGGCCAAGAAAAGGACCACCGUGUGGCACUGACCGUCGUCGCAAUUGCAGCCUCAUGCCUCGAUCAUCUCGUGAACAUUGUUAGUCUUGCACGAAUCCGGCUCUUGAAGUUGCAAGAAACGUGUUUCAGCAUUGAGAAGGGGGACACCUUACACAAUGCCUCGACAUUGCAUCAUGUCACAACGCAGCACAUGCAUCCGACUUCGAAACUGUUUGUGCCUUUGUGGUUCAGUGUUCAUGCAAGCUUUCGUACAGAGGGACAAAGCUGACUCUUCAUAGAUUACCACGAAGUUAUGGCGCUAAAAUGCAACACUCUGUGGUCUGUUUCGUCUUUUUCUUUUUCUCUUUGGAAUUGUUUUCUUCGUACUUCAUACACACACUGCUGAUUUGUGUGUGCAACAUAUUCUCUUGAGAAAGGGAAGCUGGAAAAUGGUGUGCAUAGUGGCGCUAAAUUUGCUUUAGCAAAAAUCUGUUACCUUUAUACUAGUGUAAUUUGAGCUAGAGUAGGUAGGGAUCAACUGUGCCCAAUUAAAGCUAAUAGAAAGAAUGCUAACUGAUACCAAACCUUGUAAUGUAAGUGUGACACUUACGUUUUCGUUUCAUGUCCUAAUGCAACUGUACUUUGUUUUUCAGCAUUUUUUUUUGUUUUGGUGUCAUAGUGUACAACACAACUUCAGCAUGCUCUUCAGUGGGGAAAAUGCUAGACCAAUUACAGUGCUUAGUAAUAUGGGUCCAUUCCCAUAUAGGUGUUUUAUAUGUUUAUUCAGGAAAUGAAGUUUCGUCAUCCUAUGCAAAUGGUUAGAGUCGGCGCUACAUUCCAGCUUCUCUUUCCAAUUCUGCCAAAGCCACUUGCAUCCUUGGAAACAUCACUUCGUAACAAUCCAUGGUUCCCAUCACUUCAUUUGAUCCAAUGCUGUGUAUACAGCCUGUACAUUAACACUUCAAACCUACUCGAGAUGGUUCGAAAAAAUUGGUUUCUCGAUGUAUUGUGCUACCGUUUGCUACAUAGGUGUGGCUGGGUGAUGGAAGUUUUGAGUGAAAACACUAAUGGACAAAUUUAUCUUGUUCAAAAAAUAAAAAAAAAAAACUGUUUUGGGCUGUCUGCCGUGGCAUUUGCAGAUGACGUCAUGACCGGGCUCGCCUAGUUAAAUCUGCUGCCAAAAGCGUCGAGCUCGGCCAAUCUUCGAAAGCUUUUCUCUAUGCCGGCGCGCGUCUCGGCGCGCGUCUCUCUAAUGUUAAAUUUUCAGAGUGCGAUACUUUAUUCAAUAAAAUAAUUAGUUUACCUAAUAUGAAAGCAGGGAUUUAAAUCGCUCAUGGCUCUCCAUUUUCGGUACGGAGACGAUCUGUCGAGGCACUGCACUACUCGUUUCUUGCGUCGUGCCAUCUUUCGACAGCACAAACAACUAGGCGAGCACGAUCAUGACGUCGUCUGUCAAUGUCGUGGCAGGUAGCGCAAAACAGGUUUUCCUUUUUUUCUUCUUCAACAAGUUAAGCUCAUUUGUUGGUCUUUUUACUCCAUGCUUCCACCACCACCUAGCCGCAUUUCUGUAGUAAAAGACAUAGCGACACACUCGUUGAGUAGUCCUUCAGUAACAACAGUUUUAUAUACUCAUUUUCUUCCUUCAGUGAUAAAAAGCUUCUGAAAAGAAAAAAAUAAUUUUUUUAAACAGUUUGGUUGGGACUGUAUCAACAAAAUAAUUUUAUGCAAAAAAAAAAAAUUGUUUAGAGCAACGUUGACGGAGUGAGAUGCGAUUUCAUCUAUAGUCGCCUCCCUUUCCACUCGUUUUCUCUCCAUAUUUCGGGCGCAUGGAUAAGAGGUGGAUCGGCUUCGCCUUCACAUUGAGGUGGAAAGAGAGAAUGACCAUCUUGUUGAGCGAAUGACCAUUCCGUGAUGUGAUGAACUUAGCGAGCAGAAUUUCAAAUAAAUUUCUUACCGUCAACAUUGCCCUAAAGUUUUUUUUUUUCACAAAAAAAAAAAAAAAAUUAUUUCUUGACAUGCCUGUUUCAACCAAACUGCUUAAAAAAAAGAAAAGUUUUUUUUUUUUAGGGUUUUACUGCAACAGUUUUGAUAGGCACUUUUUUGGUUGUACAGGUGUUGAAUUGUUUGGUGAUGCAGUUGAAAAACAACUACUUUGUCAAUUUAUGAAUUGACAUGUUUUUUUUCUAUUAUAUGAAUGACGCAAUAUUUUUGGUUUUCCAUUUUUAUUGAUAUUGGCCUCUUGGUGUAUAUUUCUUUUGUCCCAUUGCCUGCAAAAAUCCCAAGGAGAUUGGCAGUAUUUUGAAAGAAAGAAAUCUUAGCGCGAUACAAUGAAAAACGGGUUUUUGCGGGCCAUCUGAAGUGGGUUCAAAGCGUAGAUUGCCAAAAUCAAAAAACAUUGUUGCUUUUUUUUUUUUUUUUUAUACACAAUUGUAAUCUGGCGUGCCCUGGGCAAGUUUGCAACAGAGUAGAUGUGAAGGCAAAUUCUGCAUGGGUUUUUAUGGUGUAAUUUUCAGUUAAUAUUCAAAUCACUACGGACAAAAGCAAAAUAAAAAAACACCAAAAGAGCCAGUUUAGUGCGAGGAAACGUGGGCUAGAUUAUGUGCGUGCUAUGACCCUAUGAAAGGUUGCUCUUGUUUUAGAGAUUUAUAUUCAAGUUUGCGAAUGGACAAGUCGUGUCGUAGCGUGCUGCUUGUAACACCAAAACUUCGACGUAACAAUAUGGAUGAUGAAAGAAGAGAUCUUUCCAGAAACACGGCAAAUGUGGAGUAACAAUUCCUUUGUUUACAGAGCGUCUUCUUUCGAAUUCAUGAUGUAAUGGCCGCGUAUAGUUGGAAACAGAGACGGAAAGCUGUCAACCAAUGAAAUCUUACAUUUUCACUUUAGCCAAUGCUACAAACAAUCAUGCCACUCGUAUAUGUGUAGAUACAUGGGAAUUAAAUGUCUAGCUAAGUCUCCAACCACAUUUUAAUGAACACGAGUGACCGAAUCCUGAUUUUACACCAAUGAAUCUUACUCUGUAAAACGAGUUGGAAACAUUGAUGCCUGCAGAUAGAAAGCUAGAACUUUCUCUACUAGUGCAUUGAGGUGGUCAGUUUUACCUUGUGAAAUUUCAAGGUGCAUUUCUCUUUCCGUAAAAAAAGGUGCAGUUGUUUUCCUAUAAAAAAAGUCAAUGUAUGUAUGUAACUUGUGCCAUCUCCCGAAUGGUGCAGCAAGCCGACACGCAUUUUGUUGUCUGCUCGCUGCACCUCUCGGAAGAUGGCGUCACAAGUUAGGUUCAUCGUUAACUCAGGGUCGUCUGCCAACGUGUCCGCCGUGGAUUUUGGCAAGUUUGUUUGUCUAAAUUUUUGCAGGAAGGGAACUACGUCUUGAAAUUUUGCAAGGUAGACCGGACCACCUCGGUGCACAUUUGGUGAAAGCUUGAACUUUUUAUGUGCAGGUGCCGAUUUUUCUGGUUCAUUUUCAAGAAGAUUCACUGUGCUCACCCCAUAUUUGUGACUCUUGAGUGUUCGUCGAGGAGUCGUUUACAGCCGUAAUAUGCACUAGUGCAGCACUGGUGCACGAGUGCAGUGCUAAUGCAAGAGUGAUGUGUGGGGCGACGCAAAGCGUCCCCUCCGAAAAGAUUUGCCUCUUGGGAGAGAUACCGUAAAGGCUAUUUUUGUAAGCUCACUUACGUCGUCAAGUUUGUAUGUUUGUUAUCUCUAUGGGCACCGUUCAACGUUCCAGGUCUGUCUUACAGGACCAAUAAAGAAUGAGAAGUUGA